GAGACCCACUGAGGUUCGGAGACAGGGAGAGGGAGAAACCCACAGACACAGUGUCAGUCAUUAGAUUCAGGCUGAGAACUAAAGGGCUAUCGUUAAUGAGGAACACUAAUUACACUUUCAGAUUGAACAGUCACAGGAAUUGGGUUUAUUUUUUAAAAAAAAUUAAGUUGGCUUUAAUUCUGAAAUCAAGUGAAGAGAUUGAGAGAGUGGACAAGAGUUUUGUUAUUUUUAAGUAGGGUUGAAUUCUCUGUUGUAAAUCACCUUUGAGAUCAUCGCCCCCCCAAGCCAAGCUUCGAAUCUGAACAGCUGUAUCCCUUCUCCUUCCCCUGAAAAUGGAUAGGUCGGAAACCGGGCGAACAAAUUCCUCCGGAGUCGCUGUCCCGGACAACGGAUCCAGAGGGACGGUCGGAAACCUGUCCGGUUCUGACCAGUUUACACCAUACACCAAUGUCAUUAUGCCAAGUGUGUUUGGGGUCAUCAGCUGUUUGGGGAUCACAGGCAAUUGUAUCGUCAUCUACACUAUUGUCAAGAAGACCAAGUUCAGGUGUAAGCACACAGUACCCGACAUCUUUAUCUUCAACCUGUCGUUAGUGGACCUGUUGUUUCUUCUAGGGAUGCCCUUCCUCAUCCAUCAACUUGUUGGAAAUGGAACUUGGCAUUUUGGAGCUGCUUUGUGCACCGUCAUAACAACCCUGGACAGCCAUAGCCAGAUCACCAGCACCUACAUAUUGACUGUGAUGAGCUUUGAUCGUUACUUGGCCACAGUUCACCCACUGAAAUCCACCUCUAUGCGUACACCGUCUGUUGCAACCUUUGUGAUCUGCUUGGUUUGGUUAAUGUCCUUCUUGACCAUCAUCCCAGUAUGGCUCUACACAGGACUAAUGCCAUUGCCAGAUGGCACGGUUGGUUGUGCCUUACUUCUGCCCAAUCCAACCACUGAUGUCUAUUGGUUUACCCUUUACCAAUUCAUGGUUGCCUUUGCCAUCCCUCUGGUUGUUAUCUGUGUUAUUUACUUCAAGAUUCUUCAGCACAUGUCCACGAGUGUGGCCCCACUACCCCAAAGAAGCCUCCAAUUGCGAACUAGGAAGGUCACCCGCAUGGCAGUGGCAAUCUGCUCAACCUUCUUCCUAUGUUGGGGACCCUACUAUAUCUUUCAACUGGCCCACCUGAGCAUUGAAAAGCCAAGUCUCGCCUUCUUCUACACGUACAAUUUUGCCAUCAGCUUGGGCUACGCCAACAGCUGCAUCAACCCUUUUUUGUACAUCGCCCUGAGUGAGACCUUCAAACGCCAGUUUCUGAUGACCGUCCGCCCUGCCCAUCAGCAGUUCCGGGUGAACAACAGUGUGGCGGAAGGGAGCCUGUCCAUCAAACUUUCCAGUGAGCCAACACACCAAAUGCGUUUCAUGAGUCGGCUCUCGCCGAACUCUUUGCCUGCUCCAGAUGCAGUUCACUGAAGGUUGGUCGAUGUCCUGUUUUAGAGAUGCCAAGGAGAUUUCUUGCCUCCAUUUGCUCACGGUAAAGCCACAGCCUAAAGUGAGAGAAGUGACGUCUCACUGUGAAUAACAAAAAGGGCAAAAUGAGCGCAAGGCAUACAAGGAACUUUCCGGAACUGCUGCCAGAACACAUCUUGUGUUGCUUUUCUGGGAAUAUAGUGGAAUUCCACAUGGAUUGUAAAUUAGCUCCUCGUUUGGAAACAGGAACAACUCUGAGGAGUUUCCCACAUUGGUUUCUUCAACUACAACGUCCUCCCUCACUCCCCAUCACGCAUAUUAACUGCCCCUACCCCCACCCUAACCCACCCCACCCAAUCACUACAAUUUGAGCACGGAUAAAGGCUUUGACUGGAUUCGCCUGAGGGAUAGAAUUGGACCAUUUAAACUGUGGCGCACGCAUUGACGGAUUUGAGGUGGAGGUGGGGUCUACUGAUUUCCUGAUAGCAAAUGGACAUUUCAAAUCAUGUGAAUGCUAAUAUAAUGGCCUACAGCAUAGUGAAAGAUGUGAACAUAGCCCAGUCCACCACACAAACCAACUUCCCUUCCAUUGACUUCAUCCAUAUUUCCCACUGCCCCAGGAAAGCAACCAACAUAGUGAAAGCCACCUUUCACCCUCAAUACACUCUCUUCCACCCUCUUCCUUCAGGCAGAAGAUAUUAAAAUUUGUACACAUAUACAAACAGAUUC